CUUCUCACAGACCUGCUCCUCUCAGCUCUACUCUCCACACCUCUGCCCUCCUCAGCCUCUUUGUCUCCAGGAACCAUGUCUUACAAAUCCACCGUGAAGACUCAAAGCACCAGCCGCCGUGGCUUCAGUGCCAGCUCAGCCAGAGUCCCUGGGGUCUGCCGCUCUGGCUUCAGCAGUGUGUCUGUGUCCCGCUCCAGGGGCGGGGGCGGCCUGGCUGGAGUGUGCGGAGGAGUGGGCUUCGGCAGCCGCAGCCUCUAUAAUGUGGGGGGCUCCAGGAGGAUCGCCAUCGGAGGGGGUAGCUGUCUCAUCGGUGGCGGAUACGGUGGCAGAGUUGGAGGCGGCUUUGGCUUUGGUGGUGGAGCCGGGAGUGGAUUUGGUUUUGGCGGUGGAGCUGGUGGUGGCUUUGGGCUCGGUGGUGGCGCUGGCUUUGGUGGCCCUGGCUUCCCCGUCUGUCCCCCUGGAGGCAUCCAAGAGGUCACCGUCAACCAGAGUCUCCUGACUCCCCUCAACCUGCAAAUCGACCCCACCAUCCAGAGGGUCAGGAUCGAGGAGAGGGAGCAGAUCAAGACCCUCAACAACAAAUUCGCCUCCUUCAUUGACAAGGUCCGAUUCCUAGAGCAGCAGAACAAGGUCCUGGACACCAAGUGGACCCUGCUGCAGCAGCAGGGCACCAAGACUGUGAGGGAGAGCCUGGAGCCUUUGUUUGAGCAGUACAUCAACAACCUCAGGAGACAGCUGGACAGCCUGACUGGGGAGAGAGGCCGCUUGGACUCAGAGCUGAGGAACAUGCAGGAUACGGUGGAAGACUUCAAGAGGAAAUACGAAGAGGAAAUCAACAAGCGCAUGGCAGCAGAGAAUGAAUUUGUGAAUCUGAAGAAGGAUGUGGAUACUGCCUUCAUGAAUAAGGUGGAACUACAAGCCAAGGUGGAUGCUCUCAUAGAUGAGAUCAACUUCCUAAGAACCUUCUAUGACGCAGAACUGGCUCAGAUGCAAACCCACAUCUCAGACACGUCUGUGGUCCUCUCCAUGGACAACAACCGCAGCCUGGACCUGGACAGCAUCAUCGAUGAAGUCAAAGCCCAAUAUGAGGAGAUCGCUCAGAGGAGCCGGGCUGAGGCCGAGUCCUGGUACCAGUCCAAGUACGAAGAGCUGCGGGUGACAGCGGGCAGACACGGGGACGACCUGCGCAUCACCAAGCAGGAGAUCUCUGAGAUCAACCGCGUGAUCCAGAGGCUGAGAUCUGAGAUCGACCACGUCAAGAAGCAGUGCGCCAGCCUGCAGUCCGCCAUCGCCGAUGCUGAGCAGCGUGGGGAGCUGGCCCUCAAGGAUGCCAGGAUCAAGCUGGCUGAGCUGGAGGAGGCCCUGCAGAAGGCCAAGCAGGACAUGGCCCGGCUGCUGAAGGAGUACCAGGAGCUCAUGAAUGUCAAACUGGCCCUAGAUGUGGAGAUCGCCACCUACAGGAAGCUGCUGGAAGGGGAGGAGUGCAGGCUGAAUGGGGAAGGCGUUGGACAAGUCAACAUCUCCGUGGUGCAGUCCACCACCUCCACUGGCUAUGGCGGUGCCGGCGGUGUCGGUGGUGGCUUCGGCGUGGGUGGAGGCACUGGCUUAUGUGUGGGGGGCGGCAGUGGCUACUCCUACAGCAGCGGUCACAGCAUUGGAGGCGGCUUCAGUUCGGGCAGUGGCAGAGGCAUUGGCGGUGGCCUCUGCUCCUCCGGAGGCAGCGGUUCCACCAUCAAAUACACCACCACCUCCUCCAGCAAGAAGAGCUACAGGCACUGAAGUCCUGCCAUGGGCUCGUGGUCCCACAAUGUCUCAGGCUCCCUCUCCUGCUUCACUCCCCUUUUCUCCUGUUGCUUCCUCUCUCCUGCUUCCUUCUUCUCUUACUCCUUGAGUUAAAACUGAAGUUGCUGAGUGCCCUCAUGUCCCCUCUACCAACACCUGCUGCACCUGAGCUCCACUGCUCACAUCGGAAGGUCACUGCCUGGGUGCUACUCCAGAGCAGGGCAAUUGCCCUAGCUUUCCACUGGCCCAGGAUGUCCCAUUUCACAGGUGUUGGUUUCUUCCUUUGCAGUGAUCAUGGAAGCGCCCGUGAGUAGUGCUAUGGCACCAGUGACUAGUUCUGUAAUCUAUGGGUUUCUGUAUCCCUGUGAUGCUUCCUCUCUUUUGGCUCAAUUGUAUUGCGAAAUAAAGCAGGUUUAUAAUAUAA